AGUGCCUGUGUGGGUCCUGUUACUUAUUAUUGGCUUCAUUAUCCUUGUCGCUCUCGCCUGUUGCUUUUAUCGUUACUGUUGUAGAAACCGACCAAGUGGAAGCAGGUAAACAUGCAGAAAUCCCCCUGAUCCAGGGUACCUUUCUACCCAUACAACUAUUGAGUCAAUGGGAUUGGUAGUGAGUCUUAUAUACAAAAUUAAAUUAAAUUGCUUACUAAAAAACUAGUUUCAUAUUAUACUUGUGUGAUGUUACUCUGAGUGUAUAUCCACACCGGGCAGGCUUGAAACAUAUGCCUGGCCACGGUGGGAUUCGAACCUACGACCUUUGGAAUACUAGCUCAACGCUCUGCCGACUGAGCUACGCGGUCAGGUCGGUUCGAGUAUGCGAUAUUUCGGAACUGAGUCUAGUUCCUUCGAUAUCAGUGUAAUCUAAUAAUCAUGAUUUUAAAAGGUUUCAUAGUUUCAUAUUAUCCUGACACAGCAGAGUACAGCGAAAAAUUCGUUGUCUCGAGCAGGAUUCGAACUUGCAUCUUCGGGUUUCUAGACCGCCAAGACAAGCGCCAAGUUAUCACGAAAAUAUUUCGUGUAACAAUCCCAUAGGUGCGAAUUCGAAUCUCGCUUGAGACAACGAAUUUUUUGUUGUAUUCUGCAGGGUCAGAAUUACCCCUGUAAAAUCACUAGAAUGACCACUGUGUUCUGUGCCUCCUGACAUGCAGGACUGUGGGGGUUUCACUAACUGACUGAGACGAUUCACUGGCUAGCUGACUGGGACGACUGUUCCUUAUUAUUUAUUGAAGGAUUUGGGGACUCUGCCUAGACUCGAUUCUAUUAUGUUUGUGAUGUUACUCUGAGUAUGUAUCCACACCGGGCAAGCUUGAAAAAUAUGCCUGACCACGGUGGGAAUCGACCCUACGACCUUUGGAACACUAGCCCAAUGCUCUGCCAACUGAGCUACGCAGUCAGGUCGGUUCGAGUAGGUGAUAUUUAGGAACUGAUUCUAGUUCCUUCGACAUCAAUGUAAUCUAUUAAUAAUCAUGUUUUUUCAAGCUUGCCCGGUGUGGAUACACACUCAGAGUAACAUCACAAACAUCAUAUUCACCUGAGUACACAACACCAACACAAGAAACUCGAUUCUAUUAGAUAAACAGCCACUUCACCUAGACUGUCAGUCACAUCACAUUCGACCUCUCAGAGUCAUUUGAGGGAUGACCUCGUUUUAGUUCUUCUGUCAUUUUGUUAAAGUCCGUGCCUUCUCCAUAGCAUCGUCAAUAUUUUUAGCAUACUGACGUACAGUGCCUUAGAAACGCUUUCUUUAUUGUUUAUUCGCUCCCUGACUGGAUUUAUGUUCUUUGUAAUGGUCUCUUCGAUCGAACUUUGUUUUUGAACUCUCUUCGAUCGAACAAGAAAUAAACGUAUUACGUUCAAAACAGCAUCAGUGUGACAUGUCAUUGCUGCAUGCGAUUUCAGGUUACAAAAAGAAGAAGAAGAGUUUGAUCUUAAACGAAAGAACCUCAAGGCUCAACACACAGAAAGGUAAAUAAUGAAGGAAAGACUCUACACCUGUCCUUAAGGACUGGUCAUUAAUAAUGGGAGUGGAGGCGGGGACGGGUCGAUGCACGUGCUUUAUACUUACUUGUUAUACAUUUUGAUUAAACGAUUAAAGAAAAUUUACCAUUUAGUAUAUACCAAUAGUUGCAAUAUAAAUGGCUUCAUACAUGCAAGUUUAUUAGAAUUAAAGUUUUCUCACAGUCCAGAAUUCUUGUGGGAUGUGGCAUUUUCCUGUGAUCUAUUAUGUUAGGGGCCGAUUACGUGGAGCACUUUCAACCCCGGGAAUGAUCUCAGCCCUGUUAACCGGGUUGAAUUUUUUUGCAAUUACAUGGACGAUUUCAACCCCGAGGUUGAAAUGCUAUAGUUCCCGACAUUUAUUCCCGGAAGUAAAAAAAGCGGUUCCAUAGCCUCCAUUUUGUUUUCUUGUAAUAAAUAGUCACUACCACGCAUGCUCGAAUAAUACAUGAAUAAUUUCGACGCUGACCAAAAAUAGCGGCUCAUUUCUUCUUGAGUUUCCAUUUUCGCGUCGAAGAGCAAAAAUAUAGACUUUCAGAGAAUAUUGUAGCUGUUUACUAUCAAAUAUGUUUGUGAAACAGUUGAUAAUCUCACUGAGGAAGGCCAACGGUUUCUGAAAAGCUAAAGUACGUCGAAAUCAGCUUUGGAAUAGACUAUAUUUUCACCGGGGAAACAUGAACAAAAUGGAGUAUUUACAUCAACACUAAAUUUUGCUCGUGCCUACAGAGCUAGUUGGAUUAAAACAGAUGUUAAGAAGUAAGUGAAAUCGUGAACUUUGUGAAUUAUACUUUCAUUAAAAUGUUUCGGAAGGUCUGCUAAUGUCAAACUACACGUGUGACAGAGCUGUCAGUAUACCCAUAUUUCAAUGUUUAUGUUGAAAUGACCUAUCUUCUUUGAGGUAUAGCUUAAAAUUUAGGGUAUGCUCAUCACUUGAAACUUAUCUAUAGUCUUUAUAUUAGCAUUAAAAUCAUUCAUGGGGAAAAUGUGCCAAAGGGUUGAAAUUACCCUUGUAAAUGUACACUAUUUUUGACAUGCUUGGGUUAGUAUUUUGAAAAGGUGUUCUGGAAGGAAAAUAUGUCUUGAACAAUACUGGUUGAGCCUUAAAUUAUAACUAGUGUUAUGUAAAUCACCGAAAAUUGAAAAAAAUCUGGUUCAUACACAAUAUUUUGGACUCUAUGAGGUCCCAAAUGGGGCUUAUUUCAAUGUUGAAUCUGUUUACCUAAAAAAACAGGUUUUUCUAAUUGCUUUUUCACCUGGGUUUGUGGCAAUGCCAGUUAUGCGACCACGAAAAAUGCGCGCGGCACUUUUUUUGGACACUGAAGAUGGUAACAUUUGAUGUUGUCUUAUAUUGCCAUCCUCUUAUCGUAGCAUAACUUAACUUAUUUUAGUGAAUUUGUUAAAGAGUUGUGUUCACUAUAUGCUUGUAGUAUCUAAGAUUUUUUCAUAGCAUUAUAUGAUAAAUUUAAGUUCUGUUUUAUUUUAUUUUUAGGUGAUAGUAUCUGUUCACUCCAGUGUUGGUAUCAAAUUUUGGUCAAGUUUCAAUUAUUAUUUCAUAUUCCUUUAUUCAAAUAUCCAAAUAAAUGGAAUAUGACAUCAAGCUGGAGGACUAGAUCCUGUUUUCAAACUUGUUUUUUGUAAAAAUAGAAAAUAACAACUUAUUCUGUGUUGUUCUAAUAAAAACCAUUGUUUUUGAUACGCAUAUAUUUUAAUUUUAUUCUUUGUUAAAAUGUGUACCUGAAAUGCUGAAAUCUUUCAGAUCAGCUAACAAUACCUUUAUAACUUAUAUAGCCAAGUGUUCUAUCUAUUUUUGUUCAGAUUAAACAAAUAAUGGAUAAAAUAUUAGAUAAGAUUUUUUCAAAAAAUAUGAACUUGCCUGUUUUCAAAGCAUAAAAAGCAAUAAAAUAAAGCAAAAGUACUUAUUUUUAAUUUAAAACCUUUGAAAUGCACAGCUUAAUGUUUUCCUCUAAAUAUUACAAAGUUUUCGUUCAUUAAAAUGUUGUUUUAUCAGCUUUAAAACCAGAUAAAUCCACGAAACACUCCUAAUAUACGUCGCCAUAUUGAUUUUCUGCGCGCAUGCUCAGACAAAUUGCCUACCUGUUAGCCCUGGGUUGAAACGAUUACAGGACAUAUUUUCAACCCAGGGCCGAAGCCCCCGCGGUUGAACUCGGCCCUGGGUUGGAAAUUUUGUCAUGUAACGGCGCGCGUAGUUCGAGUUUUGUAUUGAAGACUGGGCUGAAAUUUCAACAUGGUCAACAGGGCUGCAUGAGUUCAACCCCGGGGUUGAAAAUGCUCCAUGUAAUCGGCCCCUUAAUAGCACCUGGUUGCAGACACAAUUUAAACAAUAGUAAUUUUAGCCAUUCUGUAAUCCACAGCUAUACAAAUCAUGCAGGUUAUUUAUUCCCGCCGGAUGUCAAGCGACUAUAAAGUUUAUUCGCGGCAAUAAAAUUACAGGAAACGUAAGGUCAAGGUUUCGGUGGUUAUAGCUCCUUUUUUAUGUGAGCAGAUGUACAGUUGUAGAGUUUGUGGGUUUAUUGUAUGUUUCUUACAGAGAAACCGAAAGAGAAAAGAAGAGAGACGAAAUGCGCAAGAAAUAUGGUAAGAUAUGUUUUUAUUCUACAGUAAUACACAGUUAAAAUAUAACUGCAAGCCAAUUUUCUCGUGUAGUUUACAAAUCAGCUGAGAGAUGCAUACACUGGGUGCAUGCAGCAUGUUCGCGCGGUAGAUAUUGAGUUCAUCGAUAAAAUUUACAGAGCAACACUGUCAAAACUGCAGUGUAUUCUGAAAGUUAAUAUUUCAAUAAAAAUACAUUGUUGCAAUAAAUGUCGAGUUUUCCUUAUUUUACAUGAUUAGACAUGAUCAUUUCAUCUGUUUUAAAACCCGACGAAGGGUCUUCGCUCGAAACGUCGAUAGUGCUUUAUGUACUAUUUAAAGCACGCGUAGGAGUGUUUUAUCACAUAUAAAACACGACGCGUAGCGGAGUGUUUUAUAUGUGAUAAAACACUCCUACGCGUGCUUUAAAUGGCUUCAAAAACGACUCAUCUUAUACGAGUUCAUUGGCGAAGUAAUUUUUAAAAUAAACUUUGUCUAAACCGAGAAAAUCAAAGCUAAAGUUUAUGUAAAUUAACAUGGUUUUUUAUCACAUAUAAAACCACGACACGCUUAUGAUUUUUCUUUGUGUUUUCCUCCUGAAUUAUUAAUGAGUUUUUGAAAGAGAUUUCGAGCACUGAUAAAACUGAUAAUCUCACAUGUGAGAUUAUUUAUGAUAAUCUCACAUGUGAAAAUUAUCGCUUUUCAAUUAUCGCUUUUCUGCAAAAAAUAUCGCUUUUCAAAGACUGUCCUUUAUAUAAUAAACAGAUUGGAAAUACCAGAUUUAUUUCUCGUGUUGAACAUGAUAUCUCACUCGUUCGCUGCGCUCACUCUUGAGAUAUCAUGUUCAACACUCGAAAUAAAUCUGGUAUUUCCGCGCACCCAUGUAUUAUAUAUCUAUAUAUUUACCGUAUUUGCAUGGAACAUCUGUUUUGGCCGUUUAUAUUUGUAGUAUUUAGCAAUCUCAUGGCCUCGAUUUUUGCUAAUUGACAUUUGCUAUUACUAAUAGUAAAGUGCAUUUUGUUGUUUCGCUUAUUGUUACAUCCGUAUAUCACUGAAAUAUCUGUAUCAAUAUAUCGAUAUCGAAAGAAAGGCAACUAUCAAAAUACUAUCGAAUUAAAAAAGGCCAAAAGGGAUAUUCUACGUGUGGGACGCGAGAAUGACGUCUGACUCAAUUCGGCUAAAUCUCAAAUUUUAACUUCCAACCAGCGAACGGGCUUACCCUGCCUUACGAAAUUAGGGAAUUUAUUGCGGCCUGUGGAGGAGGUGGGCUAACUGUAGGACCUCAUUAAGUGAUCGUUUCAGUGAAGAGCAGCGCUCACUUAUGCAUGGUUUUAUAUGCUUUAUUAAACAACUCGAAAUUCGCGUUGAAUGUCCCGACAUUCUCCGUAAUAUCUAUCUUCUGAGAGCGUCAAGUUUGCGGCCGCACUUUCCCUAGUGAUACUCGGUUUACUUAUACUUUCAUCUUUUCUUAUGCACUCAUGCAGGCAUAAAUAAAGAUGAUACUGACGAUGCAUUGGUUAAUUAAAGCAAGUACCAGCGAUUUGAAAAUAAUCCUCAUGCAAGUUUAAUGUACAUUUCAUAGUAAGAACAUUGUGUAGUGUGUACCCACACCGAUAACUUCUUGUAUAGUAUGCACGAAUAUUGUAACUAAAUGUAUCAUUGUAGUAUAUACCUUCACAAUUUGUGUACAUAGCUAGUAUAUAUCGUUAGAUCAUAACUGGUUAGGUAUCGCCUGGAAACUUUACUGUAAUUACGGUGAGUUUGGCAAAUAACCGGAUUCAUAUCUGCACCACCGAACAACUAUCCAGUUUACUAGAUAUAUAAAGAUAAUAAAUGCAUAAAUAGAAAGUUUUCAGCGCUGCUAAAAAUCUUUUUUCGUAAAUUUUAAGCCGGUUUUCAAGAAUACAUAUAAGGCCAUUUAUACGGGACAAAAUAAGUCGCGACGUACAUAAAACGCAACUUUAAAUAAGACGCGAGUUUGUCGUAUAAAAGGUACAAAUUUCUUAUGCUUAUAAGUCGCGUCUUGGAUAAGACGCGACUUAAAUAAGAACAGGAUUUUUAGCUGUUCUUAUUUAAGACGCGUCUUAAAUAAGACAUUUUGGAUAAAAGGUCUAACUACACAUGCUCGAAACUUGAAACAACGUAAAAUUAGUAGCCUUUCAUAUUAAAACAAAAACAACCAAAACAACAUUAUAGUUAUAGCAAGUAAAUAAGAACCAUUUAUGCGAUAACUCCGCUUAUUUAAGACGCAUCUUAUGUAAGUCGCGACUUAUUUUGUCCCGCCCAUAAAUGGCCCUAAUAUUCAUGUUGACGGAUUGAUCAUGCUCUUCGCAUGCGUGAAAAGACUGGGACUGGCCUUCAAGUUUGGCUUCAAGUUUCUGGUUGGAGGUAGCGUUCCAGUUCCAGUUCGCAAUUCUCACAUACAAACUCUCGCUUGCCAACACUCAUCAACUCACAUCCUCGUGUAAUACGAGCAACAAAAUUGCCAAAACUUGGAACAAAAACUGAUUUCCACCCAUGUUAAUUCAAAAUGUUCAACACACACUGUGCCAGAUUUUCAUUGAACUGAAUUGAACACUGAUGCCUACAAGUGCAACAUGUGAAAGGCUAUUUUGUUGCGCAGGGUUUUAAUUUUUCAGACCACAAUGCUGCUCAAUGUGUGAAAAUUCUUUUUCUGGUUAAAUCAAACAAUUGUUUUGUCUAAUUCACUUCGUAUAUUGACAAUUAGCAUAACUCAAUCUAUAAUAAAUCGUAGUCUGACUCGUGCUAUUGCUUGGCAUUAUAAAUAUAAUAUAUAUUUGACAUAAUUAUCGCAGCUAUUUAAAUUAACAAUUAGAUUACGAGCUCAAGAUUUCUAUGAGGUGAUAGUUGAUGAGGGCGAAGCCCAAAUCAACUAUCACCUCAUAGAAAUCGAGAGCAAGUGAUCUAAUUGUUUUAGUAGAAUCAGAAAUCAAACAUAAAAUAUUCCUCAGAAAAACGCGAGCCGGGAGCCAUUUAAAAAAAAAUGCGCCAGGAAAAUGAUUGUUUUGCUACUCGCUAUCUAUCGAUGAUUAGAUAGCGAGUAGAGUAGCCAAUCAAAUUACAGCAUUUGCAAUAGUAUACUAGUAUGAUUGUACUAAAUUUUAAAAAAAAUGGCUUCCAUUAUCAAAUUAUUGAAUUAUUUUGUGGAAUAUUUUAUGUUUGAUCUCUGAUUCUACUAAAACAAUUAGAUUACUCGCUCUCGAUUUCUAUCAGGUGAUAGUUGAUUCGGGCUCGAGCUCGUAAUCUAAUUGUUAAUUAUAACAUUUUUGUAACUCGUAACUUUGUAACUAGUUACAAAGUUUUUAAAGUAACUUUGUAACUGUAACUAGUUAUUUUUAUUUCAUUGUAACUUGUAACUUGUAACUUGUAACUUGUAACUUGUAUCAGUAACUAGUUACUUUUCUGAUGAUGUAACUGCAACUGUAACUAUAGUUACAAAAAUUAUGUAACUUUUACAGCACUGGUGCGGUGACAGGUCUGUUGCCAGAAAUAGAAAUAAAUUUUGUGAUUAUUAAAAGACACUUAAGUUAAAAUAUA